AGAGCCAGCCAGCCAGGCAGCAGCAGCUUUGGAGGACGCCUCCUGCUCCUCCUCCUCUUAAUCCUCCACUUCGUGCCUUGAGAUUGCAAAAGCCCCCUUUGCAAUCAGGAUAAACAUAAAGAAGCAGCAGCAGCAGCAGCAGCAGCAGCAUCCCUAAUAGAAAAGGAGAGCAACCCCAGCAGCGCAUGGACCCUCUUCUCCGAGCAAUUCUUCUUCUUGGAGAGGCUGCCUUUUGAACACUUGCGAAGCUUGCUCUCUCUCUCUCCCACUUUGGCUAUUUUGGAAAGAUCUGAAAGUAAAGAAGCCAACCCCCAAAGCAAAGACAAUGCCGGCCGAUACGAUGGAGAAGCCCACCGCCUCCCCGAUCGCAGGGGCCCCCGCGAACUCCAGCCAGACCCCCGACAAGCCCAAGAGCGCCAGCGAACACAGAAAGUCUUCCAAACCCAUCAUGGAAAAGCGCCGCCGCGCCAGGAUUAACGAAAGCCUGGGCCAGCUCAAGACCCUCAUCCUGGAUGCCUUGAAGAAAGAUAGCUCCAGGCACUCCAAGUUGGAGAAAGCAGACAUCCUGGAAAUGACCGUCAAGCACCUGCGAAACCUCCAAAGGGUGCAGAUGACAGCUGCUCUGAGUGCUGAUCCCACCGUUCUAGGCAAAUACCGGGCUGGAUUUAACGAAUGCAUGAACGAAGUCACCCGCUUCCUUUCCACCUGUGAAGGCGUGAACACGGAGGUCCGCAGCCGCCUGCUGGGCCACCUCUCCACUUGUCUGGGUCAGAUUGUGGCCAUGAAUUAUCCUGCCCCGCCGCCCCCGCCGCCCCCUCCAGCCACAGGCGGGCAGCCAGCCCACAUGGCCCAACCUCUGCAUGUCCAGUUGCCAGGCCCGGCGGCAGGAGCUGGGGCGAUGCCAGUGCCGUGCAAGCUGAACCCCGCCGAAGCCAUGUCCCCAAAGGUCUACGGGGGCUUCCAGUUGGUGCCGGCGACCGACGGCCAGUUUGCUUUCCUCAUCCCUAACCCAGCUUUCCCGCCUGGCACGGGGCCAGUGAUCCCUCUCUACGCCAACUCAAACAUGCCAGUUUCCUCUGGCAGCACGACGGCAACGCCUUCGGUCUCCCCGGUGCAAGGGCUCACGUCCUUCGGUGGGAGCUUAGCCUCCGUCUCCCAAGCUGGAGGAGAGCGCAGUGACACCGUCUGGAGGCCCUGGUGACUCUCCCCUGGCUUGGGCCUUUCUCCCCACCUGCCCCAACCCCUUUGACAAAAGACCCUGAAUAUAUUUGAACUUGGCUCCGUUGUAUGGAAGCAGGACUUCUGUGUUUUUUUGUUCCAUUUGUAAUCCCCCCCCCCAUCCCCCCCAAGAUCUCUAUUUAUUUGUUUCCAAAGGUUGGGAUUUCAGUUUGUAUUUUUACUCCUUUUUUUUAAUUAAAACAAAAAACAUUAUGUGAAAUAUUUCAGUUUCUUUAAAAAAAGAGAGGAAAAUCUUAGUUUUGUAUCAGAUAUUCCCACAUACUAUGCCAAAGCUUCUCUGUGUGUGUCUGUGUAUGAAUCUGUGUAUGCCUGAGGAUUUUCUUGUUUUUAAAAGGCUGUUGGAAGAUGUUUGUACAAAUAAAGACUUUCUUGAA